UAUAGUAGCGCUUACGUUUGCUUCCCUCUCCAAGAUAUUUUACUCUCUCAGUUAUUCUUUCUCCUCUGAAACUGUGAAGCGCACCACGAUGCAAGCCACCAGUCUGCAUUUGUGGCUUAUGACGUUAUGUCGGCAACUUUUAUGUUAAACACGCAUUAAAGAAUUAUUUAUUUUUUUUUAUAUUGACAGUGCAUUAAUUUAUAAUUUAUUAAUUAUUUUAUGUGACAAUUUUUUAAUUAUUAAAAAUGUUUUAUCAACAUAAUUAUGACGCAGUAUUUUACACUGGAAUAUCCAGUACUAAAAAGGAAACUUUUGAGAAUAAUAAAAGUGACAUUAUUAAAUAUAAUAAUUUUUUUAAUAAUGAAAGUAAAGUGGAAAUAAAUGACGAUAACAAUCUACUGAACCGUGAUGAUAAAAAAAAUAUUAAAACAGAAUUAAAUGAUACAAACCUGCUUGAAGAUGAGGAAAAAUUACAAGCUGUAAUUGUGCAAUACUGUACUGAUUUGGAAUGGAAAAGACGAUUUAAAAAAAUAACAUUUUCACCGGUAGUGCCUUACAGUCACCAUGACAUGCCGUGCUCGGUUGAUCCUAGGAGAAUCCGUCGGUGUAUGAAAGCUUGUUUUAGUUUGUUGUUAAAAACUUUACCGAAAUUUGAUGAGACUAUUGAUUGUGAUAAUUAUUAUUCUUUUUUAAAAUCACCGACUAAAGUUAUUAUUAAAAGUGUUGAAGAAAAGUUUUAUUGCGAAGACGAUAUUUUAGCUGACAAUUUUUUAAUUAAUCAACGUGCUUUGAGUCAUGAUGGGUUAGUCAGAUCCAGUGGCAAUAAAGAUGACGAGUCGGAUGAUGCAGAAUCUAUAGAAUCUUCUGAAGAAACAGAAGAUAUAUCUGAAAGUACAGAAGACUCAUCAAGUGAACAGGUAUCCGAAUCUUCAGAUGAAAUUGAUGCGUCUGAAGAUAUAUCUCGAUCGGAAAAUUUAGCUGGAUCUGAUAAUAACUUACCUGAAUCUGUAGAAAAUAUAAAUGAUCGAGUUGCUGUAGAUAAAUGUCCAGAAUUAUUAGAUGAAGCUGUAGGGCUAACGCCACAAGUACCUUUUCAACCUAAAAAAUCUAUUAUUAAAUUGAAAAGUAAACGAUUUAAUGAAAUUAGCGAUGGGAUAGUUAAAGAUGAUGAUUCUUCAGUGAUUAAUGUACCUGAUGUAGAAAAUAUUGUUGAAUCUUUGAAGGAAUCACCAAAUUCUAAUUUAAAAAUAACAUUUAAAAAAUUACACGACGGGACAUGGCACAAUAAUAAUAAUAAUAUAUCAAACUUAAAUGAAACUGAGAUAAGAGAAGAAAAUUUAGCUAAUGUUGUAUCGAAAGAAAUGAUGCCAUCGCAAAAAAUUCAAUCAACACAAGAAUCAAAUGGCAAGCGACGUAUAUCACGUAUUAAAAGCUCAAGAAGUAAUUCAGAACAAGUAGAAAUUGAUGCUAAGCUUAAAAGAUUGAAAAGAAAGGUUAAAGUCGAUAAUAAUAAAACAUACAUUGUAAAACCAAAAUCUUCAUCAACUAAAUUCACUAAAAAAAGGAUACAAAAAACAAAAGAUAACGAGACUGGAACUCAGAGUAAUGAUAACAAAUCUCUAAAUCCUUGUAGACCGUUAAUAAUAGAAAAUCACACACCUUUUUAUACCGAUGUGAUAUAUUCAACUCCUCUUAAACAUGAUCCUAUUAUAAGAACAAAGCACUUUAUCCGUAGAAGUAACAAACUUGAGGAUAAUUUUGGCAAGCCGGCAGAUGAGAGCGAAAAGGAAGAAAAUGCUAGACUUAUUGCUGAAAGUGAACAAGCAGCACGGGUGAAAUAUUCACGCAGAUCUGUAGAUUCUGGAAUUUCAUUGCGUGAUACAUCACCUGUAGAUUUGCCGACGCGUGAUCUUGAGGAAGACGAGGACGACGGGAUUGAGGAUUUUGAUAACUUUAAUAUGGAGUCUCAUCGAGGAAGUUCUUCAGAAAGAAUAGGGAAUUCGAGUCCUAAGCAGUCGUUGAGUAUUAGGUGUGAGCAAUCGGAAAAGAAACAUUAUUCUUCACCUAGAUCUGAUGAAAAAUUAAAUCGUUCGGAAGACAGCUCUAGAUCUCACAAAGAUUGUUCAAGGCGUAGAAGUUCUAGAGAUAGUUCUAGAUCUGAUCGAAAUUGUUCCAGAGGCAGUAGUGUAGUGUCUGAUAGAGAUCGUUCGAGAGAAAGAAGUUCUAAAUCUGAUAGAGAUCGUUCUAAAGAUAAAAGUUCUAGAUCUGAUAGAGAUUGUUCUAAAGAUAAAAGUUCCAGAUCUGAAUCUGAUAAAGAUCGUUCUAAGGACAAAAGUUCUAGAUCUGAUAGAGAUCGUUCUAAAGAUAAACGUUCUAGAUCUGAUCGAGAUCGUUCUAAAGAUAAAAGUUCUAGAUCUGAAUCUGAUAGAGAUUGUUCUAAAGAUAAAAGUUCUAGAUCUGAAUCUGAUAAAGAUCGUUCUAAGGACAAAAGUUCUAGAUCUGAUAGAGAUCGUUCUAAAGAUAAAAGUUCUAAAUCUGAUAGAGAUCGUUCUAAAGAUAAAAGUUCUAGAUCUGAUAGAGAUCUACCAAGACCUUCAAGGAGUACAUCUGCUACAGAACACUCAGAAGAAGUUAUAAAACUUGGUAGAAGUUUAUCAGGAUCAGAACUAACAUCUAGAUCUAAGAAAGAUAGUAUCCUGGGAUGUGAUAGCUCAAACAAUAUGGAUGAUGAAAUAAAAUAUCGUAUUGCUAAGCAAUUGGAAGGAAUGGCUCGCAAUGAAGUUAAUUACUUCAAAAAGAUCCAAAGCCGGAUUCGUAAACGUAGGAAUUCUCAACAAUUUGCUAGUAAAAAUUCAGAAUCAUAUUCUUCGACUAGUGAAGAAUGUAGUUCAUUCAAACAGAGAAGAACUUCAUCUAAAAACACUUCUAGUUGUCAAUCAAUUGAUAUUUCUCUGGAUUCGCCUGAAGAUGUCCGGAUAUGUAGCCCAGGUUUACCAUCUUUAUCACCCCUUCCGCGCGAUGUGAAUACUGACGUACAAAUUUGCUCGGAAGAAAUGGAAGAAGAUAAUAGCGAUGCAUUAAGUUUGCCGGUUAUUGUUUCGGUUGAAGAACCUUCAAUUGAUGUUAACACUAAUCAAGUAUCUUUACCUACUUGUGAUAAUUUUUCAGUCGGUACAAAUGUAAUUAAUAUAAACUUAAAUGAUUUACCUGAAAGUAAUAUUAUGGAUGAUAUUAUUGAUAUUAUUAGCAAAGAUUCUGAAGAAGAUAAAUCAAAAUCUAGCAAUUUAUUUACGAAUCAGCAAGAAUUAAAUUGUACUAAGUUAUUACCUUCAGAAUCACCAGGACAAUUAGAAGUAUUAAAUCCAUCUGUACAAACAAAAUCAUUGGUAGCAACAGUGCCGUCAGAGUCGCCAUUAAACCUUCCAGCAUCUAGUGAAGAGAUAAAAAUUGAACCUGAUAGUGAGACUCAUCAACCAACUGAUGAGUCAAAUUCAAAUGAAUUGACUCUCAAUGAUUCCAACAGGCCUGUUAAUAUUAAAAAGGAGCCCUAUGAUUUUCCGGAAGAUGUAGAGUGUAUUACGAUUGAAGAUGAUUUAGUUGCAAUCAGAGAAGAACCACUGGAAGAAUGUCAAUUGAUAGACAAUAUUAACUCCUUUAAUAUUAAUUCUCCUUCAACUUCUUCAGGAUUUAUUCGCGCAAUCCGGCCUACGGAACUUGGUGCUAGAUCGGAUUGUUUUACACCAGCGCCUUCAGUGAUACAAGAAAGUCUAGGAACUUUCCAAGUAUCUCAACAGAACAUAUUGAUUAGUCAGGAAGGUACUCAGGAAUUGGGGGUGUCUUUCCAACAGCCGCAAUAUCUACGGGGAAGUCACAAUCUUCCACCACAAGUUUCAAUUCCGCGUAGAGGUCGUGUUAAUAAGCGACAAACUAAAAGUAAUGUUAAUCGUAAUACCUUAGCUAGUUCUUCUGAGUUGGGUGCUCGUCUGCUUUGCAAUGCUAAUCAAUUUGAUCAUUCAUCUACAUCAUCAUCUUCAUCUUCAAUACCAGCUACAACGGCAAAAAUAUCAACAGUUACAGCGAAAACAGUAACACCACCAGCAAUAAUACCAUCUGUUAAUACGCAAGGCAGUAUGCAAUUAUCGAUUGAAGAAAUAUUUUUGCUUAACCAAUAUCUUGUCGGAGAUAUAGAAGCUAAGUUGUUGUCAAUUCUCAAAAGUAUUGACAUAACAAUUAAGCACUAUGAACAUUUACGUAAUACGCUACUAGAUAAUGCAAGUCGACAAGAGGGACGAAGAAGUUUUACAAAGUGUGUUGAUGCGGUGUUUGAGUUAAUGAGCCAGUUAGAUUUGAAUAUGAAGCAGCCCAGCGAACGUGACUCUGCAAGUAGGCUACUUUUCGCUUAUAGCAAAAGAACUAAUCGUCCAGUUAAUUUAAAUAUAAUGAAUACAAUUAAGUGUUGGUAUUCUCAAGUUAUUGACGAGAUAAAAUUAUAUGAUUCUCAAGAGCAAUCAUCGCCAACUGCUUGUCCAGUUACUUCGAACACUAAUCAAGUUUCAACCAAUAUUAAUCAACCAUCUCAGUCACAGCAAUUGCAACAAUUGAUACAGCAAGUUUCUGAGCAACAAUUACGACAGCCAAUACAACCACAACAGCAGCAACUACAACAACAACAGCAACAACAACAACAACAACAACAACAACCACAGCAGCAGCAGCAACUUCAACAGCAGUAUAAUGAACAACCACAAAUUUCCCAGAAAAAACGUAAUUCUUCAAUGCAACAGCAGCAACAACAACAACAGCCACAGCAGCAGCAACUACAACAGCAGCAGCAACAGCAACAAUCAUUAAUACAAAAGCAAUAUCCGUUACAACAACUAAAUCAAUGGAUGCAAAAUCAACCUCGUCUACAACAACUUCAACAACAAUAUUUAAGACAUCCAACACAACAAUAUCCCAGGCAAUUACCAACAUAUUAUCAGCAUCAGCAGCAGCAGCAGCCAAAUCUACACUACAAUAAUAGUUCUUCAUUGCAACAACAACAACAACAACAACAACAACAGCAACAACGACCACCACAACCACAAUUACAACAUAAUCAGCAGUUAUACCAACCACAAUUGCAACAACAAUAUCGACAACAGCCAUCAGUUCAACAAUACCAGAAUACGUUAUUACAAUUUCAUCUAAAUCAACAGUCACAGUCUACAUUCAAUACAAAUGUGCAGUCAGUACGACCUAGGCAACAAUAUCAAAAUCAACAAGACUACUCAGUUUUAAAAGGAGCGAUUGCCAGUCCUACGGUUCAUUCUCAACCAGCUAAAAAUCUACCACCACCACAAUAUCCAAUGCAAAACACCGUAUAUCAAAUAACCCAUCCAUUUGAUGAUUCAGCAACAAAUCCCCCGCCAAAUUACAUCGUAGGUGUCAAUUCUAUAACAAAGCAAGUCCGGAUGGCUCCUAAUAAUUCAGCAGCUGGUAGUACAAGUAGUAACUUACCAUCAUAUCAGUCUGCAGUUACAAAUACUUUACAAUAUCCAUCAUCUCACUACCAAGCCCCAGUUCCAAUUAAUACAGCCAGAUAUCCAUCAGCAGAAGCGUCUUCAUCUCACUCUUCACCAUCUGGAGAACUUCCAGUUUCAUCUCAAAAUUCAGCUUUAGUUCACACACAAUCUAAUCAAGUGCAUCCGCUGAUACAGAGUCAAGCACCAAGCCAAUCACAACCUUCUCAACAAGUACCAGCUCAAUAUCCAUCACAAAUGUCAAAUCAAGCGCUGCAGUUACCACAACACCCAAUAGUACCUCAAAUGCAAAUGACAAAUACUAAUUCAGUGCAAAAUAUGGCUCGGACUCAAGCCGCAAUGUAUUCUGUGAAUCGUCAGGUCAUUAAUAAUUCAAAUUAUCAGAAUAUUUCUUCAGAAAUCAACCAUCAAACUUACUCCAGCCAAAAUAAUCAGUAUUUUUCUCUUCAACAUCAUAACGCUCAUGCUAAACAGCAGAGUGCGGUAAAUUCACAAAAUAUUAAUUUAUUCCAUCAAAUGACAGCUGCACCUGCACCCAGUAUGUCAUUAUCGCAAAACGUCCAAGCUAUCCAUGCCAAUGUGAAUCAAUAUCAAGUUAGUCAGCCGUCUGUUACUGUUAGUCAAAGUGCAACAGCCGCAACAGCAACGCACACCGGAGUUGUGAAUCAAGCUCUUACGCCGACAUUUUCAAAUACUAACAACAUUAAUUCGUCUGGACAAAGCAGUGCUAUUAAUUUGAGUAAAAAUUCAGAAAAUGAAGUUCAAGUUGUCGUUGAAAAUUUAACAAUUGAAAAUCAAUUGUCGGUCCCAGUUGAUCCUCAAAAAGCUGUGGUUAGAACUCAAGCGACUACUUUUGAUCGGCAAGUCUCGGUUAUUCAAUCGCAAGCUAGUGAUAAUCAGACUACUAUCAGAACACAAACUUCUGCUGUUAGUAAUCAAGUUCCGGUGGUUAAUAAUCAAGUUCCAGUGAUUAAUAAAAUUUCUAUUGUUGAUAGUCAAGUUAAUGUUAACUCACAAGCACCAGCUUUGUUUCAAAGCCAAACUUUGACCAUACAAAGUCAAUCUACAGUUGUUGAUAAUCCUCAAAAUAAUAUUUUAACUAAUAAUGUGAUUAUAAAUAAUGAAACUCAAGUUGCGAAUAAUAAACCGAGUGGAGAAAAGAUAGACACGCCUUUAUUUGUUUGGUGCAUUGCGCUGGCUCAAAUUGAUAAUAAUUCAUCUGCUCAAAAUUCACCAAGUAAUAAUACAGCUUCUAUAACUGAAGAUUCCGUGAAAAAUACACCUUUAGUAAAUGUAGAUAACAAUUUAAAUCAAACGGAAAAUUCGAGUUUAAACGCUAAUAAUUUACCUGAAAUUUAUGAAGAAAUGAAAGUAAAUGAUAAAGCAUCAGCUCCAAUUGCUGCUACAAAAUCAUCUGAAGCUAAUCAGAGUUUGAUAAAUAAAAUUCCUGAUGUACCGACAGCUGCAGUACCGACUAACAGUAAAGAAAAAUCUUAUGAAAGAUUACCAUUGAAGAAACGGUUGAAUCAGGACUAUAAUACUCAACAAUGUUCACCUACAAAAAAAUCCAGGGAUCGGGUAGAAGUUAAUAAAGUGACUUAUAAUUAUGAAUCUGAAGGUCUGGCUAUUGAUUCAACGGAAAAUAAUUCUGCAGAUAAAGAAGAUUUAAUAAAAAGUAGUAAAGAUAAAGGUGAAGAUAAAUGUAGCAGUGUUUUAAAAGAUAGUUCUAAGGAAGAAAAAGUUCCUGAACAUCAGCCGGUAGUGUUGAAUAUAAUUCCAGAAAAUGAGCUUGUUUUAUUGUCUAGGUCAGAUGAAGACACUAAUGAUGAAAGUAGAGAAGAAAUGGCGAAUAAUAUUGAUCAGAUAGAAAAAUUGGUUGUUGAUUUCAUUCAAAAUAAAGAAGAAAUGUUGGGUAAUCAGGAAAUCUUAGAUAUUGAAGCUGAUAAGGGAAAAAAUGAUCAAUCUGAUUUAUUGCAACAAGUACUGGAUGUAGAAAAUGAAGUUUCUAGUUCUACAGAAAUAAAUACAGUGAAUAGAACAAGUUUAGAAGGAACUAAAAAAGUUGAUGCGGAAACUGAUGUCUCAACAAGUUUUGAUGAUAAAAGUUGCAAAUCGAAGCAAAUAGAAUUAGUGACGCUUGAUAGUGAUGAAGAAAGUGAUGAUGAAGCUAACAUUGAAACAGAAGUUGAAGAUAAUGAUGAUGACAAUAAUGAUAGCAGUGAUAAUAAAUCUCACUCUACUGUCCCUGCUACGCCGCUCAAAACUAAUCCGGAAGAAGAAGAAAUAGAGGUAGAACAAUUUAAGUACACCCAGUCGUCGAUUGAUGAAGAAAUAGAUUGUGUUGCUAUUGCUAAUAAUUCUUCAGUGGUUGAAAAGCCGGCUGAGGAUAAUAAAGGUGAUGAUGAUGUUGAUAAUCAAGAAAGUUCUAUUCCGCUUAUCAUGGGAGUCUGCAGCAUCACUGAUGACACUUUUGAGACUAUUGAUAAAUCUUUGGAGCAAGUUAUGAUGGAGGAUAUCGUUGAUGUUACUGAUCAAGAAAAAAAUAGUGUCGCUUUAGACAAUGGAGAUAGUGAAGAUAUCAUUAAAUUGGAUUAAGAGAUUUAGUUUUAAGUAUUGAUCUCGGAUAAUAUCAAAUAUAUUUAUUUAUUUAGUUAUUUUAAUCUUUAAAUUAAAACUCUUUAAAGCGAAGACUGUGACGUAGUGACGUAGUAUUAUAAAUUAUUUUUGUUUACCUAGUGUAGAAUACUUACUCAAUUUAAUAGUUAUUUGAAUGAUUAACUCAGUGUUAAUGUUUUGAUAAUCCAAAGUUUAGAUAACAGGUACGACUGUUUUUC